GAGUGGCAGAUUUGAGUUUAAUCAGUGCAAGAACACGUAAUAUUAACUAUGUGUCCUGAGAGCGGACGUCUUUGAGAAGGCGAGGAGGCCAGUACGGUAAGGACUUCCUUACCCUCAGAGCUCACCAGAAGAUACCAUGUAACCAGAUUUAACCAGUCUGCUUUAUUUGUUGCUGUCACAUCUUUCGGUUAAAACAUGGACUUCAGAUCCAAGCACGGCGUGGCGCUGAUGGACCGCCUGUGGAGGAUGAGGGAGGCGGACGAGCUGACGGAUGUGGUGCUGGUGGCAGAGGGAGUGCGCUUCCCUUGUCACAGGGUCAUCCUCGCUGCCUUCAGCCCCUACUUCCAGGCCAUGUUCACCUGCGGCCUGCAGGAGUGCAGCCAGAGAGAGGUGGAGCUGCAGGACACACCCGCCGAGAGCCUGCGCAUCCUCCUCAACUACAUGUACCGCUCGGAGCUGCCGCUGUCAAAUGCCAACGUGCAGGGCGUGUCUGUUACCGCCUUCCUGCUGCAGAUGGACGACGUCUUCUAUCGCUGCCAGAGGCACAUGAUUGACAACAUGGACGCCUCCAACUGCCUGGGCGUGUACUACUACGCCAGGAGCCUAGGUGCUGAGGAUCUGGAGGAUCAGGCCCAGCGGUACCUGCGCCAGCACUUCGCCCAGGUGUGCUUGAACGAGGAGGUGCUGGACCUGGAGUGCCACCAGCUGUUGUCGCUGAUCGGCUCUGACGACCUGAACGUGUCACGCGAGGAGAGCAUCCUGGACGUGGUGCUGCGCUGGGUGAACCGCUCCCCGACGGAGCGCGCGCCGCGCCUCCCGGAGCUCCUGCGGAAGGUGCGCCUGCCGCUGGUGUGCCCCGACUUCCUGCGGGAGGCGUUGCGGAGGAACACGGUGCUGCUCGCCAACGCCGACUGUCACGACCUCAUCGACAAGGCGCUGGAGGCCAUCGAGCAGCACCCUUCAGCCGCGCCCCGGCGGCUGAAGCUCCGCUUCGGCAUGGAGACCACCGACCUGCUGCUCUGCAUCGGCAACGACGGCCAGGGAAUCAGGUCCCGUUACGGGACCUACUCGGAUUACAGCUUCUGCUUCGCCCCCAGCACCAGCCAGGUGCACUUCAUCACCUCGCCCCGCUACGGAGAGGCGCUGGGCUACGUCUGCGCCGGCGUGGUCACCGAGGACAACCAGAUAAUUGUGGCAGGGGAGGCAGGACCCCGCAGGAUGGCACGAGAGAAGAGCAGGAAUGUGGAGCUCCUCAGGUACAAGGCUGCAGCCCAGGGCAGCUGGCACAGACUGUGUUCAGCAGAGCACCGGGACAUGUAUGCUCUGGGUGCACUGGGGGACACCCUGUACCUCCUGGGGGGGCAGAAGAAGCUGAAGAACCAGUAUCUCAUCACCAACAGUGUGGAGCGCUGGUCUAUGAAGGGUGGGGCCUGGCGCAGUGCCCCCCCCUUGCCCCUUCCACUGGCCUCCCACUGUGCUGUCACUCUCAAGGACCGCCUCUAUGUGCUGGGGGGGCGGACCCCACAGUUUGACCGGCCUGAUGAUGAGCCGGAUCGGCUGAGCAGCCAUGUUUUUCAGUUUGACCCCAGCACAAACAAGUGGACUGAGUGUGGCCCCAUGCGGUACUCCAAGUACCGCUGCAGUGCGGUUGUGCUGAAUGGGGAGAUCUACGUCCUGGGGGGCAUUGGCUGUCAGGGUGUGGACCGUGGGCAGUCCCGCCGCUGCCUUGAUGUUGUGGAGAUCUACAACCCGGAUGGGGAUUUCUGGAGGGAAGGGCCCCCACUACCCGGGCCCCUGCUCACCUUACGCACAAAUGCCUCUAACGCUGGUGUGGUGGAGGGCAAGCUGUAUGUGUGUGGAUUCUACAGAGGGGCAGAUCGGCAUGAUGUCAUAACCAAGGACAUUCUGGAGCUGGAUCCCUGGGAGAACCGCUGGACCAUGGUGGCGAGACGUGUCCUGAUGCACGACAGCUAUGAUGUCUGUCUGGUGGCCAAUCUGAACCCCCGCAACCUUCUAGCCCCACCCAGUGAUCUGCUUGAUGUGUAA